AUGCCGGUUACCAAGUUUGAGACGCAGGAAAAGUACCGUUACCAGAACGGCUUCAACUGCCACUUCGAGUCCGAGGCCGUCGAAGGCUGCCUUCCCAUCGGCCACAACAACCCGCAGAAACCGGCGUUUGGCCUCUACGCCGAGAAGCUCUCGGGCACGGCCUUUACGGCGCCCCGACACGACAACAAGCAGUCAUGGCUCUACCGCAUCCUGCCGUCGUGCGCCCACCCGCCUUACCAACAGCGGCAGCCGCCAACGACCGGCGACGAAGCUUCGCCGAAGAUGCACUACAUCCCCAACCAGCUGCGGUGGGACCCCUUUGACCACAACGAGGCCAAGGACCUCGACUUCGUCUCCGGCCUAAAGCUCGUCGCCGGCGCCGGCGACGUGACCCAGAAACAGGGCCUCGCCAUGUACGUCUACGCCGCCGGGAGGAGCAUGGACGAGACGGCGGCCUACUACUCGGCCGACGGCGACCUCCUCAUCGUGCCGCAGGAAGGCGACCUCGACAUCCGGACCGAGUUCGGCUGCUUGCUGGUCCGCCAGAUGGAGAUUGCCGUCAUCCCCCGCGGCGUCAAGUACCAGGUCCGGCUCGCCACGGACGCCCCCGCCCGCGGGUACGCCCUCGAGCUCUACCAGGGCCACUUCAACCUGCCCGAGCUCGGCCCCAUCGGCUCCAACGGGCUCGCCAACGCGCGCGACUUCCAGGCGCCCGUCGCCCACUUCAGCGAGCACGCCGGCGCGACCGCCUCCGACGGCCCGGCCGAGUACAGGGUGACGGUCAAGUUCAACAACACGCUGUUCGAGACGCGGCAGCGGCACACGCCCUUUGACGUCGUCGGCUGGCAGGGCAACUACUACCCCUACAAGUACGACCUCGGCCGCUUCAACACCAUCGGCUCCAUCUCCUUCGACCACCCGGACCCGUCCAUCUUCACGGUGCUGUCGGCGCCGUCGCCCGUCCAGGGGACCGCCGUCGCCGACUUUGUCAUCUUCCCGCCGCGCUGGCUCGUCGGCGAGGACACCUUCCGGCCGCCGUGGUACCACCGCAACACCAUGAGCGAGUUCAUGGGCCUCAUCCGCGGCGGCUAUGACGCCAAGCGCGGCGGCGCCGGCGGUUUCGUCCCCGGAGGUGCGAGCCUGCACAAUGUCAUGAGCGGCCACGGGCCCGACGCCGAGAGCCACGAGGGUGCGCGCGAUGCCAAGCUCGGACCUGCCAAGGUCGGCGAGGGCAGCUGCGCCUUCAUGUUCGAGAGCUGCCUCAUGGUCGGUGUCUCCGAGUGGGGGCUGCGAACGUGCAAGAAGGUUCAGGACGGCUACAGCGAGGAGAGUUGGGGGGGCGUCUUGACGCACUGGAAGAUGCCCGAGGGGAAGACGGUGGUGAGCCACCUAGCCAAUGUCAACUCGAGGAGGCGAGGAGGCGAGGAGGGGUCGGGGGUCGGGGGGGCGAGCGGGAUUGCGGAUCACGACGAGUACGGUGAAGCGCAGCAUCGGCCGUUGCGAGGUGCCGAGUUGAGCAGCAUGUCCGGCAGUAGUUGCCUGGCCGAAUUGCUUCUUUCUUCCCCCAUCGACGAGACUCCCUCACCAAUUUACUCCUCAAGGGGACGCGCAACGCAUGGAUACGCCGAAAUUCUGCGCGACCCUUCAGGCAGUCCAUUCGAACCUGCUGCUGCUACUACGAGCAGAAUGCCGCCGCCGAAGCCUGCACCUGCGUCAAUCUCCCCGACCAUGUCGUCGUACCGUGGCCGAAAUGCGGAACCGUCGUCCCGUGCUGCCUGCCUCGAGAAGGCCAUGAGGGAUGCCUCCUGCUCCCGUCGCCACCGUCGCCCCAUAGCCGAGGAGGCGACUCGCUUCCCUGGUCUGCAGCUCGCAUAUUUCGACGUCGAAGGGACCAAGGCUGGCAUGACCAACUCAGUCUGGACACGGACCACGACAGAACUCCUCAGGCAAGCUUGUCGCAUCUUCGCCAGCCUCAGCUCUUCACCCUGA